CGCACCACCGUUCUUUUAACUGCGCAGGCGCGCCGGAAGCCCCUUGAGAGCGGCGCAUGCGCAGCGGGAGUCGAAACGGAGACCCCCGGGGUCGCACGACAGCCGCAGGAGGAGUUGGUGGGCGGUAUGCUAUCGCCCGAGGCGGAGCGAGUGCUGCGGUACCUGGUAGAGGUGGAGGAGCUCGCCGAGGAGGUGCUGGCGGACAAGCGGCAGAUUGUGGACCUGGACACUAAAAGGAAUCAGAAUCGAGAGGGCCUGAGGGCCCUGCAGAAGGAUCUCAGCCUCUCUGAAGAUGUGAUGGUUUGCUUUGGGAACAUGUUUAUCAAGAUGCCUCACCCUGAGACAAAGGAAAUGAUUGAAAAAGAUCAGGAUCAUCUGGAUAAAGAAAUAGAAAAACUCCGGAAGCAACUUAAAGUGAAGGUCAACCGCCUUUUUGAGGCCCAAGGCAAACCGGAGCUGAAGGGUUUUAACUUGAACCCCCUCAACCAGGAUGAGCUUAAAGCUCUCAAGGUCAUCUUAAAAGGAUGAGACUCAAGAACCAAGAUGGGGGACCAGCAACCCCCCAGGGUCAUGGAGGACCCAGAACCCUCCAACCUUGACAUCUGUAAGAACAGGAUCUGCCCUGUAAGGGGACAGGCGUCAGGAAUCUGGCCAUGAAAACCUCUUUGUCUGUAGUGCUUGGCUACUCUGUGAUGGCAGGAGGGAACCUUCAGCCUAUCUGGCUGCUGGACCUGGACACCAGGGCUCAGUGGACACAAGAUCUAUUGAUGGGUCCUGGUAGCCAUCAGUGGGUGUGUGGGGCAGUGGCUGUGGGGGUGUAAGAAUGACUGCAACAGGCACUUCCCAACAAUGGCCUGCUGUUCACAUGGACCCUGAGCAAGGAGGGAGGGAGGGAGGGGCAGAGUGGAGUUUCAUUCCAGCAUUCCUCUCAGAAGGGAGAGAGGUUUUCAGGCAGGUGCCAUGGGAUUGGAAUAAACCAGGAGGCUCAUGGGUGGUUGCUGAAUGAAGAACAGAAUCUUGGUGCUUUGUGGCUCACCACAGCCAUCUGUGGGGCAGGCACACACACCUCCCUGCCAGCUCCAUUUUUGCGCUUUUUCCCUGCUUGAUUCCAAGAGUGGGUGCUGCCUAGCAGCCCUUUGUGGCCGCUCUUUACUCAGGAGGGCCUUGCAGAGUCCUGCACCAGGCCUGGGUGAGUGGGUGCACCUCUUACCAUAUAUGACAUGUGUCAAGAGUGCCCUUCCGCCCCUUCUGAAAGUGGGGCCUGGCCAGCACUGCUCGUUACUGUCUGCCUUCAGUGGUCUGAGGUCCCAUUAUGAACUGUCAUGAAGUCAAAACUCUUGUGUUCAUUAAGGGCUCAAUAAACGUUAGCUGAAUGAAUGAA